UUAUUUUAAAAUGAUAUGGGAAAUCUGUUCCAGACUGUGACUGAUGAUUCACAUCGCACUUCUUAUGUCUACUACAGAAUAGUAACUGUUUUGAAAGUGAAAAACAGAAUACAAAUUGGUCAAAUUUAUCAUUAUGAUGAAGUGAGUAUUCGUGACUCUGAUAAUCAGUUGACAAUAGAAGAAGUGAAGUAUAUCUUUUGUGAAAGUAAGACGCAAAAAGAUGAAUCUACAAAGCGAACUUACAGAAAAGUCAGAUUGGAUCGUUUUGUUUCAUUUCCUGAAGCUGAUGAAAAGGAACAGUUUAUGGAGAGACAUAUGUAUCACAGAGAGAAAAUCAACUACCGUUUGGACAAAGAGUUAUGGAAAUUAUCCAAUGCGGAAGAAACAGGGGUCACCAUUCAAGUUCAAUCACAUUUCGAUAGAACAAUCAAUAUUGACUAUUCGAGUAGUUUCAUAACGUGCCUGAAAAUCGAGGACAAUCCAGUUGCAAAUCCGAAAUUUAAUUCGAAGAUAUGUUCAAAUAUGGGGUCAGAAGUUGAAGAAAUGAAAUAUGUUGAUGUAAGUGAAUUCCCAGCCCUGAAGCAAGUGUCACAGGAAGUAUGGCGCUGUACUGGUGCAGAGGACUUUAUAAUCGUGCAGAACAAAAUGAUAUCAACAGAUUUGAGAAUGCGAGUCUAUCAUAGGCCUCCAGCGACAGCUGUUGGAACAUUAUUUCUGCCCAAUGGAGGUAAAGCUCUACAAAUAAGUGAUCAGAGAUUUUUGAAGGAAGAACAGAGAGGAGAUGGGGAAUAUGAAUACAAAGUUAUCAAAUUCCUUGGCUCUAUGAACUUAGUACUGGAAACUCUACCAGAAGCCGAUACAUUCCCGAAACAUACUAUCGCAGUGCCUUUGAGAAUUUUAGCCAAGCGAACUAGUCGUCACAUCUGGACAUUGGAUAGUUUGAGGCUUGUGGCCUUCAGAGAUCUUCAACUGGCGAGGCAUCUAAUCUCAGCUGUUCAUUAUACUGGGAAUAUCAACCAGCAAUAUCUCCAUACAAAGAUUUUGGAUUCUGGAGCGAGUCGCAUGUUCCAAUUGGGCCGAUUUUAUGACAAGGUUCUAAAUGCAGAGGAUCUCCAUCAAAGGAAACCAUUGGAGUGUAUUCAAUGCCCAUGGGACUCGAAAUACACUCCAACGGUGACAGAGUAUGUUGGCAUGCAUUCGUACACUAUGGACAAAGAGACGUUUUAUGAGAACUUUCAAGUUAUCAAUGUGGCAGUUUGGCUAUGCAGCAACAAAUUU